UAUUCGAUUGCUGAACCAAACUAAACAUUUCGGCAGCUUGACGCUGUCGGGUACGAGUCCUGCAUUAAACUAACGCUCAAAUGCUGAUACUAUUGUGCGUAUACUUUGGCAAAGACCGGAUAGUGAAAGAAUAAAUAAUUAAUGAGUACACUGAAGAUUAAACGAUAAAAAAUUAGCCAUAUGUUGUGUAGUGAGGGUUGCAAUUAAGUGCCAAAAUAUUUUAGAAGUCGUCAGUAUGAAGCCUCCAUUAAAAGCAGAUAGUGGGCUCAAUAAAGAACAAGCUACAGCCAAACAGAUGAAAAAGGUACAUGGAUCAACUUCAUCCAACGAGAAUGAAGAUUUCAUAUGGGAAGAAAGCGACGAACAAAGAUGGUCACUUUCACGUUGGUGCAAACCGUCGUGUGUCCCAAUUUCGUUGCUUUUUAUUGUGAUAGUGUUGGUUGUGUUGCUACCUCUAUUAGAACACGGUGAAAAGCUGUACAGCGCGAGAACAAAGACCAGUCGCCUAAAAGGAGAUGUUUGCGAUCAAGGAUGCAAAAUUCAAAUAGCGGAAAGUAUUCCCGAAGGACUGACCUACCCGGAUGGAAGUCCAUCGUUCCUAUCAACCUAUAACGCGUGGAAAACUUUGAUAGGAUUAGCAACAGAAACGAUCGAAAUCGGAUCAUUCUACUGGACGCUGAGAGGUGAAGAUGUGUACAAUCAUUCGUCUGCCUGGCAGGGCGAGGAUAUAUUCAAGGAGCUGCUGCAAACAGGUCUAGACGGAAAAGUGACUAUAAAAAUAGCACAAAGUGCUCCAACAUCGUCGAAUCCGAGCGUUGAUACGGAAGUUUUGGCCAAAAGAAAGGCAGCUCAAGUACGAUCGGUUGAUUUUCCCCGACUGUUCGGUGGAGGUGUCUUGCACACGAAAGUAUGGAUUGUAGAUAGAGUUCACUUCUAUGUGGGAAGUGCCAAUAUGGACUGGCGAUCGUUAACUCAGGUUAAAGAGCUUGGAGUUCUAGUAACGAAUUGCUCAUGUUUAGCAACGGAUAUUGCUAAAAUAUUUGACGUGUACUGGGACAUGGGGACUGCCAACUCCCAAAUUCCUUCUCAAUGGCCCGAUGCAUAUUCGACCAAGUACAAUUCGAAUAGCUCGAUUUCAGUUAAAGUCAACAAUAAAUUUACUGUUGACACAUAUUUAUCUAGUUCACCACCUCCUAUGUCGCCACGUGGUCGCUCAAAUGAUCUGGAUGCUAUAAUCGAUGUAAUCCAGCGAGCUGAAAAAUUCAUCCACAUAUCUGUUAUGGAUUAUUUUCCUUUAACGUUAUACACUCGAAAGUCACUUUAUUGGCCUGUUAUCGACAAUGCCCUCCGCAGAGCGGCGAUAGAACGAAAGGUUUCGGUUCGACUGCUGAUCUCCUACUGGAAGCACUCACGUCAAUCGGAAGCGUACUUCCUGAACUCAAUUCAAGCGUUGUCCGGUGCUAUCGCGGGAGUUACAAUUGAGGUAAAACGUUUCAUAGUACCAUCCGAUAAAGAGCAGGACAAAAUUCCGUUCGGUAGAGUGAAUCAUAACAAGUACAUGGUUACGGAUAACACCGCCUACAUCGGAACCUCCAACUGGUCUGGAGACUAUUUCAUCGACACUGCCGGCAUAGGAUUGGUGAUGUCAACUUUUAGCCCCAAUGGAACCAUUGUUGGUGAUCUUCAAGCUAUUUUUGAAAGAGAUUGGAAUAGCAAAUACGCUGUAAGAACUGAUUAAGUAGGAAGGUAGAUCUCAUUGA